UCCGCUCUACAAAGUUUGGUGAGCCAUAUCCUUCUGCAAUCAAACAGCAAAUAUCUAACAUCGUUUCGCUCAGCACAAUUUCCAUAUUUUACAGACACAAAAAAAAGGAACAGAAGGAACUAAUAUCCAGAGGCCAAAGGCAUAUGCUGGUAGCCCCAUUAUCUCCUUUUCGUUAGGUGGUCAAGCAUAACCAAAUAUGGAAGGCACCCCGGUUGAAAUWUUCAAAGAAGACAAGUGCCUCACGGCGCUCGUCGAAAACUGUUUUAUGAAUGCUACUUCGCAGUCUGAAUACCCAGAAGGUCACAAUCUGACUUUUGACRCUGACUGGGAAGAGGAUCCCAUGUCCCCAAUCAUCCCCAUCAUCACAGCUGUGUACUCCGUGGUGUUCGUGGUGGGCCUGGUGGGCAACUGCCUCGUCAUGUACGUUAUCAUCAGGUAUACAAAGAUGAAGACAGCCACCAACAUUUACAUCUUCAACCUGGCUCUGGCCGACGCCCUGGUCACCACGACGAUGCCUUUCCAGAGCACUGACUACCUGUUGAACUCGUGGCCGUUUGGCGAGGUGGUGUGUAAGGUGUUCAUUUCCAUCGACUACUACAACAUGUUUACCAGCAUCUUCACCCUGACCAUGAUGAGUGUGGACCGCUAUGUGGCCGUGUGCCACCCGGUCAAGGCCCUGGACUUCCGGACGCCAAUCAAAGCCAAGAUCAUCAACAUAUGUAUCUGGAUGCUGUCCUCUGCAGCAGGGGUACCAGCACUGCUACUGGGUGGCACCCAGUCCAACAAUGGAACCACGGAGUGUGCCUUGCAGUUCCCGGAACCYUACGUGUACUGGGACACCUUGAUGAAGYUCUGUGUGUUUGUGUUUGCCUUCGUGGUGCCCGUGCUCAUCAUCACCGUGUGUUACACCCUCAUGGUGCUGCGACUCAAGAGCGUGCGUCUCCUCUCGGGCUCCCGGGAAAAGGACCGGCAGCUGCGGCGCAUCACCCGCCUGGUCAUGGUGGUGGUCGUGGUGUUCGUAGUGUGCUGGACGCCCAUCCACAUCUUCAUCCUGGUCAAGGCGCUGGUGAGCGUGCCCGAGACCACCGCCGUCAUGGCCGCCUACUUCUUCUGCGUGGCGCUGGGCUACACCAACAGCAGCCUCAACCCCGUCCUCUAUGCCUUCCUGGAUGAGAACUUCAAGAGGUGCUUCAAGGACUUCUGCCUGCCGAAAAAGCUGAAGGGGGACAAUGCCUCAGGGAAGAACAACAGGAGCACCGUGAGGGGAGGAAGGGAGGCCCCACUUCCACUGGAGAACCCAGAUGGGACUAGAAAGCCGGCAUGACUAGCCAUGGAGAUGUCAUCCACUUCCCGCGUUGGAAAGGAAGACUCCAAUGAUCUGGGCCUAACCCAGGUGACAUCAGGAAUGUAAGCACACACAACAGUGCUAAUUUAGAUGACUGGUGUUCGUUCCAUUUGUUUUACUGUUAGGCCCAAAUCAAUGGUCCGAUUCCUCACACUUAGAAAAUGAUAUAUCAAUAUUUUUUGAUGUCCAAAUUUAUUUGCACACAUCAAGAGGGGGGGAAAAAACAUUUCACAUGCCAACUAUAUGACACACUUCAAAAUGAUAAGAACCUAUAUUAUCUCAGUUUUACUGUGUUCCUUCAUAGUUACUUGUUAUGCUGACUCUGCGUCUGCACAGUUCUAAAUGGAUUGCAAGGUGCAACGUCCUCCUUCUAGCCUCUGCCAUUCAAUUAAAUAGUUAUCCUUGACAAAACAUCAAUAAUGAUUGGGGAAGCGCUUUAAAGGGGCAACCUGGGAUUGGCACAUCCAUCGAUUUUUGCCAUAUCUGUCUCUACCAACCAAUGUGUAUGUGGUGCAGAGAUCUAUUACCUCCUUUGGGAGUGGGGCACCCUUAUGAGUGGCAGGUAGAACAAGGCAGUUAACCCACUGUUCCUA